CGGUGUUUGGUUUGAGUGCUCGGCGCAGUGGAAAUGGACUCCGUAACUUCAGUUCUUCCAAAGAAGACAAUGGACUCGUGUGUACGAUCACCAACAUUCCGGGGGUAUCUGCUGCUGAUUUUUCAAGAUAUAAACGGAGAUGAAGGCGAGCCGUGCGAGAAGACGUAUUGUGCGUACGGGGCGAGCUGUGUGCAGACUGCAGACGGCCGAGCCGAGUGUCAAUGCCCCACGGAGUGCCCCACCAUGGUCACGCCCGUGUGCGGUACAGAUGGCGUCACGUACAAGAACCACUGCACCCUGAGGAUGAAGUCAUGUCGCCAGGAGAAGAACACGCGCGUUCAGCAUGCCGGGGACUGCGAGAUGGCGGACCCAUGCCGCGACAAGAAGUGCCCGUUCGGGGCGCGGUGUGUCGCCUCUAUCGACGGUCGCAGUGCCACCUGUGAGUGUCCCACGCGAUGCCCGGCCUACGGAGACCACGCUGGAUCACGGCCAGUGUGUGGAAGUGACGGCGUCGAUUACAAGGACCAGUGCGAGCUGAGGCGCGCGGCCUGUGACGCGAAUCGGGAGGUCACAGUCAGGUUCCACGGCAAAUGUGAUCCCUGCGAGAACGCGAACUGCGUUCAGCCAGAGGUGUGCCAGUUGGACGAGCAGAGGAAUCCGGUGUGCAGGUGUGGGGACACGUGCUCCCUGGAAUUCACGCCGGUGUGCGGCUCUGACGGCAAGACGUACCAGAACGAGUGCAGCCUCAGACAGGAGGCCUGCAGGUCCAGGAAGAAUCUCCGAAUCAUCUACCGCGGCAAGUGCAGCUCAGGUGUGAACCCGUGCGUGUCUGUGCGCUGUGAGCCUGGCGAGGAAUGUGACAUCAACAAGUUCGGAAUCGCUCGCUGCGAGUGCCCGCCCCAGUGUGAACCCAUCAUGCGCCCUGUGUGUGGACAAGAUGGCCGCACGUACGAGUCGCUGUGCGAGCUGAGACGGGCGUCUUGCGUGCAGAAGAAACUCUUGGAGGUCAAACACACGGGCGCUUGUGGUGGAAUGAGUCCCUGCAGUUCACACCAGUGCGACUUCGGCGCGCAGUGCGUGGAGCGAGGCGGACGGGCCGAGUGCGCGUGUCCGGCUUGUCCGGCCGAGUUUGAUCCCGUCUGUGGCUCGGACGGCAUCUCGUACGGCAACGAAUGCAAACUGCUGCUGGAGGCUUGCCAACACCGCCGCAAAGUCACGACCCUCUACAAGGGCUUAUGCAACGGGUGUGAAAACAAGAAAUGCGAUCACUACGCCAUCUGUGAGAGCGACGGCAGUGGCGCCGCCAAGUGCGUGUGUCCCGAAGCUUGUGUCGAGGUGCACUCGCCCGUCUGUGGUACAGAUGGCGUCACUUACAAGAAUGAGUGUGAGAUGCGGGUUGCAACUUGCAGGAGCAAACAGUUUGUCAUGGUUGCGUAUAAGGGAGACUGCGACCUGUGUCAGGGGGUGGAGUGCCAGUGGGGCGCGAGGUGCGAGGCGGGGGCGUGUGUAUGUCCGACCAACUGCGGUGGCUCUACCGGCAUCCACAUGUCGGAGCCUGUUUGCGCUUCGAACAUGGUGACGUAUCCUAGCGAGUGCGAACUACAACGCGCCUCGUGCAACCUUCCGCGUGGCAGCCCGACGCUUACCGUCGUGUUCUAUGGGGAUUGCCGUGAGAAGAACGCCGUUCCUCCAACCACUCCGACUUUACCGUCGUCAAGGCAGGGCCACCAAGUGACCUCUGUCACCGUCCGGCCUCACGUAACCAUACCAAAUGCCAUUACUAACGGUGGUAACAAGACCUCGGUGGGCAGUAAUGGCGUCGGCGAAGCGUGUCGCGACAUCCACUGCGACUUCGACGCCACGUGCGAACUGGGACCUGAUAGCUUUCCGCGUUGCUCGUGUCAAUUUCACGUAUCGUUGGCCGUGGGCGAAGGCGGAGGAGGAGGAGGAGGAGGAGGAGGAGGGAAGGCGGUGUGCGCGUCAGACAUGAGGCUGUACCCUUCCGUAUGUGCGAUGAAGAUGGAGGGGUGCCAGAGGCAGGAGGAACUGAGGCUGCGGCCGCUAGACCUCUGCGAAGGUAUGAAAGUGAAGCCUUGCAAUGGAGAACCCCCAUUGGCUGACCCAGACACAAGACGGGAGUUUGACUGUGGGAGUGGACCAAACAGACAAGACUGUCCUUCGGGGAGUUACUGCCAUCAGACACCUCACUUUGCACGAUGUUGUAAGAAAGACAUGAACGCAAACCACAAAAGCUGCGAAGACUCGUGGUUCGGCUGCUGUCCCGAUGGGAAGACUUCUGCACUGGGGGCGGACAACGCUGGUUGUCCUUCCAUGUGCGGCUGUAAUAAACUCGGGUCUUACUCAGACACCUGUGAUCCCGUAAGUCAGCAAUGUUCGUGUAAACCAGGAGUGGGUGGACUCAAGUGUGAUCGAUGUGAACCAGGAUUCUGGGGUCUUCCCAAAAUAUCUGAGGGAUAUCAGGGAUGCAUUCCGUGUGGUUGUUCGUCGUUUGGGUCCGUACGAGACGACUGUGAACAGAUGACAGGACGUUGCGUGUGUAAGCCAGGAAUUCAGGGGCAGAAAUGUACAGUAUGUACAGGUCAUAACAAGAUCCUGGGGCCUACUGGAUGUGUCUCUGCUGACUCGACAACGCCUGUGCCUGGUUCGUGCGCGGAACUAGCGUGUUAUUUCGGUGCGUCCUGCGAGGAACACCGUCCCGGACACGCAGAGUGUGUGUGUCGUUCAACCUGCGCAGAUGAAGACUCUGGUGGCUCUCGUGUCGUCUGCGGUAAUGACAGGCAGACGUAUGGCUCGGAGUGUCAGCUCAAACUCUUCGCCUGUCGCUACCAGAAGGACAUCGUCGUUCAGGCACUUGGAUCUUGUACAGAAGGCAUGUUCCCGGGGACGGAAUGGCCGCUGCGACGUUCGACUGCCCACCGCUUCACAGAACCGGAGGACGUAAGCUCACCACUGUACAAGUCGACACGCCAUUUGCUGGUGCCAGACCCCCCGAACUACCGCUACUACUAUACCAGUCGCAACCAGGAUGAAUCAAACAGCCUCACGUCUCAGUCGUUACACCAACUGGGAUCUGGAUAUAUGCACAGUGGCAAUGACGUUUACUCUGCAGCUGGCUACCGUCCAACUCCUGCCACGAUUCACGUGAUAACAGCACUGUUAGGGGAUUUGUGCAUCGUUGAUUCGGACUGUGGAGUUAAGUAUAGUCGCUGUGUUGGUGGGGGCUGCGUGUGCAAUGAGGGAUACGCUGAGACGCCUGACAGGCAGGAGUGCCUUGCUAACAUGCCACCUGUUCAUCCGACAAUAGAAUUCAGAGUCUGCGCGUCACGACCUUGCCAAAAUGGCGGAACGUGUUUCGACAUGACUCAUGGCUCCUUCAGCUGCCAGUGCGAGUCUCAUUGGACAGGAUCGCAGUGCGAAGAUCCGGUCAUACAGCGAGCCUACGACAUACCUGCGUUUGAUGGCCGAUCGUACGUACGACUCAAACGACUGAAGGCUUACAACAAACUGAGUCUCGAAGUGGAGUUUAAGACGUACGCUAACGACGGGAUUAUUCUGUACAACCAGCAGAAGGAAGACGGAACUGGAGACUUUGUGUCUCUCGGUUUAGUAAAUGGGUAUGUCGAGUUCCGCUACAACCUCGGGAAUGGACCAGUAGUGAUCACGUCGGUAGACCGCGUUGAGAUGAAAAAGUUCCAUCGUGUGGUGGUAAAACGUUACCACCGAGAUGGAAUGCUCAAACUGGAUGACUACGAAGACGUCGCAGGCCAGUCACAGGGGUCUCUGAAAGCCCUUGAUUUGGUCGAGGACGCCUACAUCGGAUAUGUGCCUACGAAUGUUUCGAGGGUGUUUGAAAACAUCGGAACCGCACUGGGUCUAAUGGGCUGCAUCCGGAAGCUGAAGAUUGGCCGCCGGCUUGUCGAGUUGCACGAGGGUCUCGACGCCAUGGUGGAGAGCGCAGUUGGCGUUCGAGAGUGUGGGGAGAAUCCGUGUUCCAGCCUUCCUUGCCUUCACGGCGCCACCUGUCACGCCAUAGACUCGGACAAUUUCCAGUGCGCGUGUACACGGGAGUUCACAGGAGAUUUGUGUGAAGAGCGUGUGGACCCUUGUCUUUCUCAGCCUUGUACCUCCGGGUCGACGUGUGACGCCCUCCCACAGGAGGGUUUCAUCUGCAAGUGUCCUCCGGGCAGAAAGGGAAAAUUGUGCCAAGACCUAGAUGCUGAACUGCAUGAAAUCUUUAUCCCCGAGUUCAACGGAGAUUCGUACCUGGAACUGCCGAGACUCGAGGGAGUGGGUCGUGCCUUCUCGCUCGAAGUGUGGUUUCUGUCUCGGGAGCCAGACGGAGUCCUGUUGUAUAAUGGACAACUCACUAACGGAAAGGGUGACUUUAUAUCCAUACACGUCAUCAACGGACACGUCCAGUUUCGGUUUGACCUCGGCAGUGGUGCGGCCAACAUCACCUCGACGGAGCCGAUUAAGCUCGGGCAAUGGCACGCGGUCAAAGUGAGUCGGCUCAACCAGGCAGGAAUCUUGCAGCUGGACGGGGGUCCUCCUGUCAGGGGCAUAUCUGGACCACCUCUGAAUGAGCUGAACCUAGAGCUACCCCUGUAUAUUGGGGGAGUUGCGUCUAUGAUGGAGGUGAACCGGGAUGCUGGAUUAACCAGAGGUCUUAAUGGAGCGAUUCAGCGUCUCCUAGUUAACGGUCAGACUUGGCAGAAUCUGGCAGAGAGAGCCAACUCCGAGCGCCAGAGAGGAAUAUCACGCUACGACGGUCCCCCAUGCCCCAUAUCCACCGACGCUAAUCCGUGCCUUAACGGUGGGAUCUGUCAGCCAAUGGCGGCCACGUACGUGUGCAAGUGCCCUCUUUUCGGGAGCCACUGCGAAGAUCACAUUCGGAACAUCGACAUGGAAAUGCCGAUCAGGUUCGCAGGAGAGACGUUCUACCAGUAUCCUAACAAAGUCAGCAAAAGUGCUAUUAACGUGACUCUAGACACUAACCAAACGAGCGUAGAAGUCGAGGAGGAGGAGGAGGUUGUUGAUGACGAAGAAGUGGAAGGAGAAGAAUACGACAUGAAUGAGGAGGAAGACAUGUACGAUGAAGACGACUCUGGCUUCUUUAAUAUCGGGAGGAAGGGCGAGAGGACUAACAGGUAUGAGUUGAAGUUCCGGACAACGGAAUCGAACGGCCUGAUCCUGUGGUUGGGGAAAGGGAGGACCCUUGCUGGGGACUUCCUCGCAAUUGCCUUGGUCAACGGAUACGCAGAGCUCAGCUUUAACCUAGGUCGACAGCACAGUUUUCUCGCCGUCCGCUCCAAGGUUCUUGUGAGCGACGGGACGUGGCACACCUUACUGGCCCAUCGCCGCAAGAGACACGCUUGGUUGCAGGUGGACGCAGAGUCGCCCGCUAGGGGCGUGGCGCACCCUGGUGCCACGCUGCUCAACACCGACGCUCGACUCUGGAUCGGUGGAUCGGCGACGCUUCCCUCGGGACUCCCGGCGCCUUACUACGUAGGAUUCAAAGGCUGCGUGGAUAAAGUUAAAGUAUCCAGAAAACCAUUAGACAUGCUCAACAGGCUUGGAAAUGAUCAUUCUCCCAUCCAGUUCUGUCACGAUAACGACGUCUGACCUACGUGAUCGUAUCUGCUCGCGAUAAAAAGUUUCUCCUCUCUGCGCUAACGAGAUCUCGCGUAUUUUGAGUGAGAAAUUCUUUGGUAGUGUUCGGCAUUUUUGGAAGUUCCGAAGUGUGAAAGUACGUGAAAGUGUUGAAAGAUGACCGUUCCUUCAGGUCGUCAAAGCAUUUGAUUUUUCGUGUAGGAAAUGAGUAAGAAGAAGGAUGAUUAUCAUUAAGCCAGAUGUAAUUUUCUUCCUACAAAUGCACAAUGCGACAUAACAGAAUUGACUGCAAGAUUUUUAGUAUUUUAUCGAACCAAAUUCACCCGCCCCUCCACAGAUAUCGACCACGUCUUCUGUGGAACGUCCCGAAAGCAAACCAUCGCGUAAUCUGCGGACCAGAUAAUUGCAUCUCAUUCUACUCGUACAUAAAAGUCGCCCCUUCAGAACGAAAUCAAAUAUUCCGCGGGUUUGCUGAUGUUUUUUUUCUCGUAAUUUGAGUCGCCGUGACGAAAAAUGUUCACCGCUUAGUAUUUACGUAAUUUUUAACUUACUAUUUAAUAAGAACGGCAAAGAAAAUCGCUGAGUAGCCCAGCUGCUUGCCUGUCAUUCGUAAUAAAUUUACGAAAUUUUCCGCAUUUUCCCACGAGUCGAUAAGAAAAUGUCAAGUGUGGGCCCCCCCUGAUAUAGUGAAAACAGUAAAAUUUAAACUUUUAUUUUAACGAAAGGCGAUUACCUCGUUCGUAUUUACGAAUUCAGAUCUGGUGUCAGAUGACAGAAGUUUUACGUUACGUGAGAAUAUCUUCAUGACGUCAACAAGAAAUUGAAUCGUAUUUGAUGAACAUAAUUCGAAAAGAAAGUCGUCCCCCACUCUAAAAUGUGAUUAAAACUCAAAAUUAAAUUUAA